AUGGUAGAAGAAAAAGAUAAAAAGAAGACAGUCGUAACAAAAACAAUUGUAAGCAGCAGUGGACCAAAAAGGAAGGGAACACUGAACAUAGCAGCAUUACGGAAGCAACAGCAGUCAAAGGCACAGGAAGAUCAGGCUCUGAAGGAUGCACAAGCUGAAAUAGCAAAGGAAGCAAAAUUGCUACGUGAAAAGUUGGAAAAAGAACGAAUUGAGGUGGAAGCAAGAGAAGCAGCAGCAAAAGAAGCGUCUGAGAAAACAAUGAAACUGAAGAAGAACCUGAAUAGAAUCAUGAUGUGCACAAGGAAGAAAGAAAUGGUAAAAAAUGAACUAGAACAGGAUACCAAUGAGAACAAAAUUGAGAAAGAAGAAGGAAGAAAUUACAAGUCGCCUAUUUGUUGCAUUUUGGGACACGUGGAUACUGGAAAAACAAAAAUACUGGAUAAAUUGAGAGAAAGCAACGUACAAGGCGGUGAAGCAGGUGGAAUCACUCAGCAGAUUGGCGCAACAUUCUUUCCAACAGAAAUAUUGGCUCAAAAGUGUGGUCUAGCAAUUCCAGAUUUACCAGGAAUUCUGGUGAUAGACACGCCUGGACACGAAUCAUUCAGCAAUUUGAGAUCAAGAGGAUCAUCGCUGUGCAAUUUGGCUAUUUUGGUUGUAGAUAUUUGUCAUGCAUUGGAACCACAAACAAUUGAAAGCAUCAGGCUACUAAAGCAGCGUAAAACUCCUUUUAUUGUCGCACUAAACAAAAUAGACAGAAUAUACCAGUGGAAUAGCACAGAAUACGGACAGUUUGAUCUCAAAAAGCAGUCAGAUUACACACAAAGUGAAUUCAGAUCACUAGUUGAUAAAACAAUCAUGGGAUUUGCUGAACAAGAACUAAAUGCAGCACUGUUCAACGAAAACAAGAAUGUGAAGAAGGUGGUCUCACUUGUUCCAACAUCUGCGAUUACAGGCGAAGGCAUCCCUGAUUUGAUCAAAUUGUUUUUGGGACUGUCACAUCAGUUUAUGCUAGAGAAGAUGAAGAUCAAGGAAUUUGUAGAAUGCACAGUAUUGGAAGUGAAACAGGUUGAAGGAUUCGGAUUAACAUUAGAUGGAAUAUUAAGUAAUGGAACACUUCGUGAAGGCGAUAAAGUAGCACUGAAUGGAAUUGAUGGACCAAUAACAGCAACAAUCCGAACACUUCUGGUUCCACAGCCUCUCAAGGAACUCAGAGUCAAAUCACAGUAUCUUUCUGUCAAGAGCGUGAAGGCAUCCAUGGGAAUCAAGUUGGUAGCCCAAUCACUAGAUAAGAACAACUCAAUUGAAAAUGCAGUGGCUGGAUCCAAACUGUACGUCAUAGGCACAAAAAGAGGAUUGGUUGAAUCAGAAGCCAUAAAGUUGCUGAAGGAGGACUUUCAGGCUGUUAUGUCUGAGAUUGAGACUGUUGAAGAAGGUGUUCAUGUUGCUGCAAACACACUUGGAUCAAUGGAGGCGCUUCUUUCAUUUUUGAAGAGCAAGAAAGUUCCAGUAUCAAAUGUCUCCUUAGGCAGAAUAAAAAAGAAGGAUAUUUUGAAGUGUGGCGGAAUGAACAACAAGUUCUACAGAGUCAUUCUGUCAUUCGACGUGCCACUUGAGAAGGAUCUGGUUGAGACAGCACAAGAAUUGGAUGUGAAAUUCUUCCUGGCUCCCAUAAUCUACCACUUGUACGAUUUCUACAAUGAGUUUACAGAAAAUGUGUCUAAAAUGGACAAAUCCAAACAUUCUGAGGAGGCAACAUUCCCAGUCAAGCUCAGAAUACUCCCAAACUGCGCAUUCUGUAGCAGAAGUCCCCUUGUUCUAGGAGUUGAAAUUCUUCAGGGUACAGUUAAGCUUAAUACGCCUCUUUGUGUUUUUGGUAAGAAUGGUUUAUGCAAAUUAGGUAGAGUGACAUCGAUUGAGGAGAAAAAGAAAAGUGUUCAAAAGGCAACCAAAAGGAAGCAGGUGGCAAUAAAGAUAGAAGUGGACAGAGGAGAGUCUCCCAAAAUGGUUGAUCGACAUUUCAAGGCAACUGAUGAGAUAUAUUCAAUAAUAACUAGGAAGUCGAUUGAUUUGCUCAAAGAGCACUUCAAAGACGAGUUGGAUCAAGAACACCUUGAACUGCUCUUCUUCCUUAAGAAGAAACUCAACAUCAUUUGA